CGGCAGCGGCGGCGGCGGCUCGCGCAGCUUGUUGGCUCGCUAUAUAAAGGGGAGAAGCAGGCGGACCGGACGGCUGGAGCUGCAGCCGGUGGCGGCAGCGGCGGCGCUGGGAGCGGUGGCCGGUGUUGGUUCCCCCUCCGCGGCGCCGAGUGGGGAGCGGGCGACGCCCCCUAACUCCCCGAGGGGUCGUGGCUUGAUUUUUUUUUUUUCUCCUUAAGGCGAUCCUCGAGGCUUUUAGCUGCGGGAGGAGUGCCCCCCCUCCUCCUGGUCUCCCGCCUCUUACUCCUUCGGGAUCGGUUUUGUUGAACAAAUUUCGCCCCACUCUUGCGGGUGACUUGGGUCACCCUCCGGGUCUUUUUAAGUUUUUUUUUUAAUUUUCUUGAUUUUUUUUUUUUUAAAUCUCGUUCCCUCUUGUUUGUGUUGUGUGUGGAAAUGGCGAACUCGGCAAACACAAACACCGUGCCUAAAUUGUAUAGAUCUGUGAUUGAAGAUGUUAUUAAUGAUGUACGAGACAUCUUUCUGGAUGAUGGAGUGGAUGAGCAAGUCCUGAUGGAACUAAAAACUUUGUGGGAGAAUAAGUUAAUGCAGUCUAGGGCAGUAGAUGGAUUUCAUUCAGAAGAGCAGCAGCUUUUGUUGCAAGUUCAGCAGCAGCAUCAACCUCAGCAGCAGCAACAUCACCACCACCACCACCACCAGCAAGCUCAACCGCAGCAAACAGUACCUCAGCAAGCACAGACCCAGCAGGUUCUUAUUCCUGCAUCCCAGCAAGCUACAGCACCACAAGUUAUUGUCCCUGAUUCUAAGUUGAUACAGCAUAUGAAUGCAUCAAGUAUUACGAGUGCUGCUGCUACAGCCGCUACCUUGGCACUCCCUGCAGGCGUGACUCCUGUUCAACAGAUACUAACAAAUUCAGGUCAGCUUCUUCAGGUGGUCCGAGCAGCCAAUGGUGCCCAGUAUAUCUUUCAACCUCAGCAGUCAGUUGUUCUACAACAACAAGUUAUACCACAGAUGCAGCCUGGUGGAGUACAGGGUCCUGUAAUCCAGCAGGUCCUGGCUCCACUUCCUGGAGGGAUUUCACCACAGACAGGUGUCAUCAUCCAGCCACAGCAAAUCUUAUUUACAGGAAAUAAGACUCAGGUCAUCCCUACUACAGUGGCGGCACCCACACCAGCGCAAGCCCAGAUUCCUGCAGCUGGCCAGCAGCAGCCACAGGCCCAGCCUGCUCAACAGCAAGCCCCAUUGGUGCUGCAAGUUGAUGGAACAGGGGAUACAUCAUCUGAGGAAGAUGAAGAUGAGGAAGAGGACUAUGAUGACGAUGAGGAGGAAGAUAAGGAGAAAGAUGGAGCUGAAGAUAGGCAGGUGGAAGAAGAGCCCCUCAACAGUGAAGAUGAUGUGAGUGACGAGGAAGGACAGGAACUCUUUGACACAGAAAAUGUUGUUGUAUGCCAAUAUGAUAAGAUACACAGAAGUAAAAAUAAAUGGAAAUUUCACCUCAAGGAUGGCAUUAUGAAUCUUAACGGAAGAGAUUAUAUAUUUUCCAAAGCAAUUGGAGAUGCAGAGUGGUGAAGAAUUGCUUCUUUCCUUUUAUAAGUAAGACAAAAGAAACUUAAAAAGUUAAAAUGGACGGUUUGAAACUUGGGACAUAUAUCAACCAAAACUUCACUUCUGCAUGUCAGAAAAGCGCAGUAGAAGCAAAGCUACUGGAACAAAACAAAGCUAGCCCUUGACAACAUAGACACUACUUCUAACUGGCAAGCCAUGGAACUGUAGCACCUGGGGUUGUUGGGUGGGGGGAGGGUUUGUGUAGGAUACUGUAAUUGUCAAUUUUAAAUACAGGAAUCUGCCAUUGGUAAUUAGCAUGUAAAGUUUGUCUAUAUUCUUUUCUCCAAGUUGGGCUCAGUCAGAAGAUACUUGUUGGAAUGACCUGAAGAAAUUUCCAUUUUGAUAGAUUGGACUGAAUCUGUUUAUUGUAUGUGCUUAUAUUUGGUACAAAUUGCGUGUGAGCUUUUUACAGAAGGGCAAGAAUUAUGGUGUUGAUAUUUAAUUCACUUGUAUAAGAGAAUUUAAAACUCAUAAUAGGUCUUAAACAUUUUUACUUGUUACUCUCCCUCAGUAAUACAUACCUCUUGCUUCCCUGCUGUAUGAAACAUCUACUUUAGAUUUAAAGAAAGGAUCAAUGGUCACAGUUUGGAGACAAAGUUGACCCAGGAAUGGAUGCUUGUUUUAAUUAGGUUUUCAUACUUGUUAAGUGUAACUUAAAAAGACUUGGGUCUUACCUGUGUUGAGUAGAAUUAAAGUGACAGCUUGAUUUCCAUAUGGAAAAACUGUACCCAGUCCCAUACUUUAAGAAGAAACCCCAAUUGGCUCCUCAGGAAUAUGUUUUUAUUCACAAAGGUACCACUGAGCUAAAUUGUAUAGUGCACUUGAUAUGUGAAGGUUUUUCUUGUUGGGCUACAGCGUGUGCUUAGCUGUGCAUUUAGUCUUUUUGUAACACUGAGAUGGCAUUCUGUACAUUGACCUAAGAAGCAUAAGGGCAGGUGGUGAGGACUGGAUUUUUAUUAAACAAUUUAGUAAUUAUAAAAGUUUCUUGUGUUUACUAGUAAAGAAUUUUAGAAGUUAUUAUUUUAAUUGAACAAAUUUUUUUAAAAAACUUUGUAAUUUGAGGGGAAAGUUUGGGGGUGGAGGGGGUGGAGGGAGGUGGGCCACUAAAAACAAAUUUACCUCUCUUUCAUUGGGUAGCCCUUCCAGGCCAUUGAUGAUCUAGACUUGGGCUCCAGUUUGCACAUUGGGAAGAAAAUACAGAGAUUGACUUGUAUAUUAAACUCUCUAGACAUCUACUGUGUGUGGUGGGAACGUGUAGCUCUGGUUCGCAUCUGUCAGGGCUCUAUACCAUGUGGCGCUGCAGUGAGCCAGCUUCCUGGGAACUGUGGGAUGUUCGCUCACCUUCAUCUCCGUCCCAGUGGCCAGCAACAUUAGCAUUCAAGUUAACUUGCCCACUGAUUUUAUUUUGUCUUCCAUUCUUGUCUUCCUUUAAUUUGACUUUAUGUAGUUCCAGAAGUAACAGAUAAAAUAUAUUAUAUUACACAAGAAAAACUGUGAGUUAUAUAGUGCUUUUUUAGCACAUAUUUUUACAUUUCUUAAUGCAAUUGAUUUUUCCCCACUUACCACCCCACUGAACCAACUGUUGUAGAAUUUGGUAGAAGUGGUGCUAUCUUAACAUGAUAGUAGUUACAGAUUUUGUAUGCCAUAACUGGUAAUACAAUUUCUUGUUUUAUUAUUAAUGUAGCCUUUUGGGGGAAGUUUGUUUAUUCUCCUAUUCUCAAGCACAUGCAGUUCUGUUUAUAACACUUGGAGAACGGAGGGAGUGAAAUCCCUUGAAUUGUGUUGUUGAGUUGUCCCUCUGUACAGUGUCUAGGUUUGUGUUGACUCAGUGAAGCCUGAACUACCUAUGGCCGUGCAGCAGUGUUGCUUCACUGAAACUCUUGGGCUCCUCAGUAGCUGUUAUGCUGCUGAAACUUUGAUUACCAUGUGAUGGCUAAUUCAGCACAGGUCCUGGGCCCUCUAUGUAGUCAAAAAUAUUGAAGGUGAGCAUUGUACACGGGCCUGUUUUUUUCAAACAUGAACAACCGCUUCUUUCAGAGUGACAUAUGGAGGGCUAUCUCUGUAUUGCCUGUUAACGAUGGCCUCCUGGAUGAAUGCUUUUAUCUGUGAAAACUCUUGACAGCUGAUUUAAACAACCCUGCACACCAGAUUGCGCUCUUUUAUGCUGUUAUAUUGUGUUCCUUUUUAAAUCAAGCAGCAUGUUGUAUUUUUUAUUAUACUAGCUUUUGCUAUAUAUAUGUCACUUGCUUUAAAUUGUUAAUCAUGCUUUUGCCAUUACUUUUAAUAGAUGAUGUCAUUAGGUUCUAUUAAAAUGUCAUUCCUUUGGAAAGGCAAGGGAUUCCACUUGCAGAAUUUCAAGAUGAAAGUAGUACGUUUACCCAAAAGGUGGAAAUAGUUCCGAUUUGGAAAGCGGUGCUUUCAGAAGGCGAUCUGUUUAGAUUUGUACCAAUAGUGAUGACACCUUUUAUAUAACACGAUGCCAGUAGUGCUAAGGUAAAUUCACACAGGAUGAGUAAAGUGGAAAUGUAUGCCUUUCAGUGUAUGAAUUCUAGCCUGGUGGCCCUUUGUAUUCUCAGACCACUGGACGCCUGAGAGCACGUGAGAUUUCUUAGAGUAAUACCCAACUUGGUCACGUGCAGUUUCUAGAGUCAAACAUGAUAGGAGGGGAUCUUUAUAUUGGGCUUUUUUAUUUGAGAUGUUCACAUUUCUGUUAAGUACGCACCAUUUACACUGUUGCCUUUUUAAAAGUCGCACUGGCAUCAAGAUUCAUGCAGCGUGUGCAGUGAUUGACGUGUUCUUGACAAGCAUAAUAGAAUCUGGCUUUAGAAAACAAUGUAAAAUAUACAAGUUUUUAUAUAAAGGCCUUCUGUGCUGUAUUGAAAAUCGAGGAGUUUUCUUUUGGUGGCUUGUGUGGACGAAUGCAGAGUGGUCUCUCUCUGAGAAUUUUUUAUUAUUAUUAUUAUCUUAUAGCAAUAAUGUCACCAUAUUAGAGGGUAAGUAUUCCUUGUGUAAGAAAACAGACAUAUCUCCUUAGCAGCUUUCCCUCUAUAAACAAUAACAUAUUCUUCCACUUGAGAAAGUUCAGAUUACUUCAUCUUGAACUUUUGAGCUUUUGUGCAAUGUGCUAUUUUAUUGAUCUUUGUACAUUUUCGUUUCAUGUUUCCUGCCUGUCUGAAUUCGCUAUAGCAGAUUCUGAGUUUUUUUGGUUUAAAUAUGGUUGUUUUGUGUGUUUUCUCAUGUGUUUAUCGUUAGGUUUGGAUUUUGACCUGUUACCCUAUGGAAAUUAUUCUGGUUUAUAUUCUUCCCCCUGGAGGCCUGCCUUUGUCUUUCUUUUGUCAUUUUUGUUGCAUGCAUGAUUUAAGGAAGAACACAUCAAAUUUAAUUUUUUUGCUUAUUUUGAGGAACAAAAACUUACUCCGUUUUGAUGGGAGAACAAUACAACAUUGAAUAAAUAAUUACUCAUUCAGUCAAGCUUCCUUAAAUCAGUCCCGAAUGCAUCGGGUUGGGGAGGGAUUAAUCCCUAGCUUUUUGGAGCUACUAUUGUCGACUGCUGUUGUACAUACUGUUAUGUGUAAGGGCGUAAAUAUAUUUAUUAUGUUUGUAAAAUUCAUUCUGUACACUUGCAGAUCAAGGUUGCUCUUCUGUGAUAUAUGAGGUAUUAGGUUUUAAAGACCAUCUUGGAAUACAAUUAAGGAGCUUAGUAUUCUGUUGUACUAAGACCUAUUUUAAGUUUAAUAUUUUACCUUGCAAAAACUUUAAUUAAAGAUGUUAUUUAAAAAAGUAA